AUGCGCAGAAGCCACAGGAAGUCCCGGAAUGGGUGUCUCGAGUGCAAGAAACGCCAUAUCAAAUGUGACGAAACUCGCCCGCAAUGCAUAAACUGCACAACAGUUCAACGAGACUGCCGGUAUCCCACUCCCCGGCUUGGUGCGGAACAUUCACCGUCCAAUCGCUCUGCCAGUCCGCAAGUCUUGACUCCGGGACAUGAUCUCACCCCGACAACGCUGCCGACAGCGUUUCCGGGGCCUCAUCCGUUCGCCUUGGGAGAGGAGCCUCACUCGAGGGUUGACAUGGUCCACAUGGAGCUAUUACACCAUUACCUUACCGACCCGGUCCUUCACGUGCUGCCGUGCAACGCUGUAAGGGAUGUCAUCAUGGCCAACGGCCUCCGAGAGCCCUACGUGAUGCACUCGCUCCUUGCCCUCUCGGCGCACCACCUCAGCAUCCUCCGGCCCAGCCAGGAAUCCUUCUAUCGCACUCUCGCUACCCAGCUCCAGACUCGCGCCUUAUCACUCUUCAACUGCAUUGACGUCAGCGUAUUUGGAGACUCGGCCGAGAAGCGGGUCCCGGUCUUCAUCUUCUCGAGUGUACUCGGAUUCCACGCCCUCUGCGAUACCCUAACUUACCGUGAUCCCGAUUUUGACACCGCCUUCGCGCGAUUCGUGGCAUACCUGCGCCUGCAUCGCGGCUUGCACAGCGUUAUGCACGGCUAUUGGGACGACUUAAGCCGCAAGACCGAGCUCAAGCAGGUCUUCGACGAGAUCCUGCCCCGGUGGUAUCAAUUUGAUAACGUGGAAGGACGGGAAUGCGACGAGAUCCGGGAGAGAAUCAAGUCGUCCGCGCUAGAUGCCGAGGAGGCCGAAGCAACUCAGAGGGCGAUCGACCUAGUCCAGUCGGUGUUCGAUGCUAAGCCGAGGCCAGAAGACCGUGCCUACGUCCUGUGCUCUUGGGCCGCCAUGCUGCAGAGGCCAUUCGUUCGGAUGCUGGAGGCAGGCCGACCGGAGGCUCUAGCAGUUCUUGCCUACUUCUUUCUGGCGAUGCAUUACUGCCGCAGCGCGUGGAUGAUUGGCGGCGCAGGCCAGCAUUUGCUGACAUUGCUUGCCCACCACUUCCGCGGCGGCGAAUGGUUUGCGUGGGUGGAGACUCCGUACCGGGCCAAGCAUGCUGAAACGUGGCACCUGUCACAUGAUCCCACCCGCCCCGAAGCCGAUGCGCCCCGCAUCGCCGAGAUCCACCUGGCGGCGAUGAACGCCAACCCUUUGCUGCAUGCCCAGUUCCCCACCCGCGAAAGCCUCGAGUCUCUCCGAGGGUUUCUGCAAGAGCACACGGCCGAGCAGCUGCGCAACGCCGCCAGCGGGGUGCUUGUGGCGCGCGAUCCGCACACCUGGGCAAUCGCGGCAUUCAUGAAGUGGGACUCGCCUUCUCACCCCGAGGAAGUCAAGCUAGAGAGCGGCGAUCUGCGGUACUUGGAGGGAUGUCACCGCGAGUUUCUUGACGGCUAUGCGGCGCUUGCUACGGCGGCGAAGAACAGAUGCUUUGGAGACCAGCCUUGUUACCGGUUGAACUUCGUUUGCACGGACCCGGGAUACCAAGGCCAGGGCGCCGGCUCUAUGCUGACACGGAAAGUGCUGGAGAUGGCCGCGGCCGACGGACUGCCGGUCUACUUGGAGAGCACCGAAGUUGCGGUCCCGCUGUACACCAAACUGGGGUUUCAGCUGCUCGAUUGCUUUCAGAUGAGGAUUCCGCGUGCUGGGUCUGCCGAGCUGAACGAGGUUUACAGGGAGUUGUGCAUGGUCUGGCGUCCUUCCUUGCAGGGACAUGGCGAGUCAAGUUAG